UUUUCAUUGAUUUAGAAUGGUGAUGAUACCAGUAACACUCUCACUGAACUUGGUAUUGCUUAUCAAAAUCUUCAUGAAUUUGAUUUAGCUUUAAACUAUCAUUCUCGUGCUCUUAGUAUAAGAAAACUAGCUCAUACUAUUGAUCAAACAUUAGUUGCAAGUAGUCUUAUUGGAAUAGCAAAUGCUUAUUGGGGUCAACAAAAUUUAAGUGAAGCACUUAACUAUGCUCAACAAGCAGUAACUUUGAAUGAAUCGAUUGAAUCUGGAAAUGAAUUGAACUUAUCAACGAACUUAGCAAUACUAGCAAAUAUUUAUCAUAGUUGUGGCAAUGAUUGUCUAGCACUUGAAGUAGCUACACGAGCCUUAGCUCUUCUUGAACGUAAUGUACCAUCUGACUCACCUAUGGUGGCUUCAUUUCUGAAUAAUUUGGGAACAAUUCAGUUUGGUGCAGGAUUAUUAGCAGAUGCUAAGCUAAGUUUUGUUAGAGCACUGACUAUCUGUGAAAAAAGUAUUCCAGAAGAACAUCCACAACGGCAUGCAAUUCAAAACAACAUUGCACGAAUUACUGAAAUGGAAGAAUACAAUCAUCAGAACUUGUAUUCUCGCUUGUGGAAGUUUUCAUUAAGAACUUUACUUUCAUAG